AUGUGUUCCCACGCCAAUCUCAAACACCAGCCCGUCGAGGCGCUGCUCACACGCUCGGCCACCUUUCUUGUCCUCACAAUCACCGACAAACCCGAAGCGAUCGAUACCGUGCGUUCGACCCUAUCAGGCUUAGAUAGCCUUUUGAAGAACGUCUCCAUGCGCGACCCUGGUGCGGCGCUCACCUGCAUCGUCGGUAUCGGCAGCAACGCCUGGGACAAGGUGACGGGUCUUCCACGACCUGCGGAACUGCAUCCCUUCAAAGAGUUUGAAGGUGCCAAGCACAAGGCCAUAUCCACCCCCGGCGACCUACUCUUCCACAUACGAUCCGAGCGCAGGGAUAUCUGCUUCGAGUUCGAGAGGCAGCUGCUCGCGAAACUGGGCGACGCGACCAAGGUGGAGGACGAAACAGUAGGAUUUCGAUACUUUGACCUACGAGACCUCUUGGGCUUUGUUGAUGGGACGGCGAACCCCGUGGGCUCCGUUGUGGACGAGUCUGUCCUCGUCGCCGAAGAGGAUCCCAAAGCCAUCGGUGGAAGCUACAUCGUGGUGCAAAAGUACACACAUGACCUGAAAACAUGGGGCGAGCUCUCCACCGAGGCGCAGGAGGCCAUCAUUGGUCGUACGAAGCUGGAAAACAUUGAGCUUGACGACGCCGAAUCCGGCCAGCGGUCGCACAAAACGUUGUCGACGAUUGAGACGGAGGACGGGGAAGAGUUUGACAUCCUGCGCGAUAAUAUGCCGUUUGGGUCACCCGGCUCCGGAGAGUUUGGAACGUACUUUAUCGGAUACUCGAGGAGGCUAUGGGUCAUUGAGAAAAUGAUGGAGAGAAUGUUUGUCGGCGAGCCUCCUGGUCUGCACGACCAAAUAUUGGAUUAUUCGACGCCCAAAACGGGGACCACGUUUUUCGCUCCCUCUACCAAGAUUUUACAAAGUCUAUAG